UAUACAUACAGAAGAUAUAGCUAUGCUUUCAUCAAAUUUCUUUACUUAUUUCGUAUCAUAUUUUCUCAUAUUAACAACUUGUUUCUCCAACAAUGUAUCCGGGGAAGCAAUCUCAUUCGACUUCCAAUCACUUUCUCUAAACACCUUAAAUUUAUUAGGUGAUGCCCAUUUGGUAAAUACGAGUAUAAAACUAACUCGAGACUUAACUGUCCCGAGUUCUGGUUCCGGGGCGGUCUUAUACAAGAAACCUAUCAGGUUUAAACGCCCCGAAAGCAGUAUUGUAACAAGUUUCACUUGUUUUUUCUCGUUUUCCAUCCCCAACUUGAGUCCGGGCUCAGUUGGGGGUGGUUUGUCUUUUGUAAUGUCCCCAACGGACGGAACGGUUGGGGACGCUGGUGGGUACCUGGGAAUACCCACCGGGGCAGUUGGUAUUGAAUUUGAUACAUUAAUGGAUGUUGAAUUUAAUGAUAUUAAUGGUAACCAUCUGGGUGUGGAUUUAAAUUCAAUGAUUUCAAGUCAUGUUGCGGAUUUGGAUAUAAUUAAUGUGGAUUUAACAAGUGGUGAUCAGGUUAACUCGUGGGUCGAGUUCAACGGGUCAACUCAGCAACUCGAUGUUUGGGUUUCGUACUCGAAUGCGAAACCGAAUUCGCCUGUUUUAUCAGUUUCAGUUGAUCUUCAUAAAUACGUAAACGAGUUCAUGUUUGUUGGUUUCACCGGGUCGACUCAGGGUAGUACUGAAGUCCACUCGGUUGAAUGGUGGACUUUCACUUCAUCUUUUGAUGACAGUCCACCGAGCUCUCCUCCUCCAACCGUUAAUUUAACAAACCCGAACUUUGACUCGGUUGACACGCUGCCACCGUCCAUAGCACCGACCGAGUCAACUCGGGCUCGCCCAUCUACACAGAAGAGAAGUAAAUGUAAUAAGUUGUGUAAAGAAGGAGCAGGGGCUGUUGUGGGGGUUGUGACAGCAGGUGCAUUUUUUUUAGCAUUAUGUACAAUGUUUUUAAUAUGGGUUUAUACCAGAAAAGUUAAAAAGUCCAAAAAGCCACAACUUUUUGAUAGUGAAAUUAUUAAAACCCCUAAAGAGUUUUCGUACAAAGAGCUAAAACUAGCUACAAAAUCUUUUGACCCGACCCGGGUGAUCGGGCAUGGAGCAUUUGGGACUGUUUAUAGGGGUGUGUUAUCGGUUUCGGGUGAGGUUGUGGCUGUGAAGAGGUGUAGUCAUAGUGGUGGGCAAGGAAUGGCUGAGUUUUUAUCCGAGUUAUCGAUAAUAGGAACGCUUAGACACCGUAAUCUAGUGAGGUUGCAAGGUUGGUGUCAUGAAAAAGGUGAAAUUUUGCUUGUGUAUGACUUGAUGCCAAAUGGGUCACUUGAUAAGGCGUUAUUUGAGUCGAAAAUGGUCUUGCCGUGGGUUCAUAGGAGCAAGAUUUUGAUGGGUGUGGCAUCCGCAUUGGCAUAUUUGCAUCAAGAAUGUGAAAAUCAAGUUAUUCAUAGAGAUGUGAAAAGUAGUAAUGUCAUGUUAGAUGAAGGGUUCAAUGCGAAAUUGGGUGAUUUCGGGUUGGCUAGAAAGAUUGAGCAUGAUAAGUCACCAGACGCCACCAUGGCGGCUGGGACGAUGGGCUACUUAGCACCUGAGUAUUUGUUAACGGGCCGGGCUAGUGACAAAACCGAUGUUUUUAGCUAUGGUGCGGUUGUGCUAGAAGUGGCUAGCGGGCGUCGUCCCAUUGAGAAAGAGGCGACUGGGGUCACAAACACGAGGGAGAAUCGUAAUUUGGUGGAAUGGGUAUGGGGUUUGCAUAAAGAAGAGAAGUUGUUGGCUGCGGCUGACCCGCGGCUGUGUGGGGAGUUUGACGAGGCCGAGAUGCUGAAAGUGUUGUUAAUCGGGUUGGUGUGUUCACACCCAGACCCGAUGGUUCGGCCCACAAUGCGAAAUGUGGUUCAAAUGCUAGUGGGUGAGGCUGAGGUGCCUGUGGUGUCGAGGGCCAAGCCAUCAAUAAGUUUUAGUACUUCACAUUUGCUAUUGAAGUUGCAAGAUAGUGUGUCUGAUUUGAAUGGGCUGGUUAACAUUUCAACUUCCUCAUCAGAACAUAGCUUCAAUGGUAGUGGGAUGGACAUGGUUUAACCCUAACCCAAAUGGCACAACCCACUCCAAAAUCCAUGGAAUUUGGGUCGGUUUAUAUUAUACAGGAUUGUGACUUAUUGUAUACUUAUUUAUUGAUUCAUUAUUGGUUGAUAUAUAGUGCAAUGUAAUUGAUUUGAUUAGUUGAAAUGGACAAUAAUUGAUUAAUGUGAA